AUGACCGACACCAAGGAAAAGGAAACUGUUGAGCUUUUGCAAGUGAACGAGGAUCUCAACUCUUUGGAGGAGAAUCAGAGUCCUUUAGAUCACAGAGAUGAGGUGCGUGUGGUCAACCAUCAAUUGGAAAGACGCAUCUGUCGCAAAUUUGACUUUACCAUCCUUCCCUUGGCUGCGCUGAUGUAUCUGUUCAACUCAUUGGACAAGUCUAACAUCUCCAACGCAAAAACAGACGGCAUUGAGACAGAUUUGGGGAUCCAUGGCAGCCAGUGGAAUAACAUGUUGAGUAUCUUUGUCGUUCCAUAUGUGCUGUUUGGGCCGCCUGUUUCGUAUUUGAUUAAGCGUUUCAAUCCUGCCAACGUGAUUCCUCUCACUAUGUUUGUUUUUGGUAGCAUCACGUUGCUGCUAACGUCUGCGUUCAACUACGGCUCGCUGCUAGCCGGCCGCUGUUUUAUUGGAGUGUGUGAGUCUGCGUUCUUCCCGGGUAUUCUCUACUACCUCACCAUGUUCUACAGAAGAGAUGAGCUGGCAAGACGGCUGUCGAUUUUCUACGGUGCGUUCAACAUUGCCUCGGCGUUUUCCGGUUUAUUGUCUUUUGGUGUGUUCCAGAUCAAAGACACCAAAGUGAAAGGCUGGCAGUACCUGUUUAUCAUCGAGGGAGGUCUCACUGUGCUAUUUUCCGUUAUCGGAUUCAUCUUUCUUCCCAGAAGUGUUGAAACUGCCAAAUUCCUCACCGAAGAGGAAAGAGAGUGUGCUAUCUGGAGAAUCAAGACAGACUCCAGCUCGACAGAAAAGCUCACUUUCAAGGAAGCCAUGUCCAUCUUCAAACACCCGGUGUAUUUGUUAUGGUUGCUUCAGGAAUUCUGCAUUGGAGUGCCGUUGAACUCGUACAACAACUGGUUCCCACAGAUUGUUGCUGGCUUUGGUAAGAGCACCGUCAUGACCAACCUGUACACUGUUGCUCCAAGUGUCUGGGGUGCAACAGCGCUCAUCAUCAUGUGCUUCUGCUCGGAUUACUUGAAAAUCAGAUGCGCGUUUGCCCUAACUGCUGUGACUUCCACUCUGAUUGGGUUCGUUGUUCUUGGAUGUAUCGACACCCAAACGAACCUUGGUCCGGCAUAUUUUGCUUGCUUCCUGAUGACUACCGGUGUUGCUGCGUCGUCAGUGCUGACGUCCACGUGGUAUGCCAACAACACGCCAAACGAGUCGCGUCGUAUCGCCAUAGCGUCAAUUGGAAUCCCAAUAGGAAACGCCGGAGGUGUGGUUGCCACCAACAUCUUCAGACCAAACGACGCUCCCAAGUACACCCUGGCUUUGGGAAUCAGUGCUGGCUUUGGAGGACUAGCUGCGCUCAUCAUUUGCACCAUCACUCUGUUUAUGGUUUUCGACAACAGAAAACGCAACCGGCUACAAGGAGUCAAGAUGACCUAUAGAGAUGUUCCAACGUACAUGCUGGCCGAGGGCCCGAACAACCCUAGCUUUAGAUGGAUGUAUUGA